GCCGCGACCCUGUCAGCGCGGCGCGGAGGGCGCGGGCGGUCCUGCGGCGGCGACGGCGACGGCGGCGGCAUGGCUCAGGCGGCGGGCAGCAGCCCCAGGCGGGUGGCGCUCAUCACGGGCAUCACGGGCCAGGAUGGCUCGUACCUGGCCGAGUUCCUGCUGGAGAAGGGCUACGAGGUCCACGGCAUCGUCCGCCGGUCAAGCUCCUUCAACACGGGCCGCAUCGAACACCUAUACAAGAACCCCCACGCGCACAUUGAAGGGAACAUGAAGCUGCACUACGGGGACCUCACCGACAGCACCUGCCUCGUGAAGAUCAUCAACGAAGUCAAGCCCUCGGAGGUCUACAACCUGGGCGCCCAGAGCCAUGUCAAGAUCUCCUUCGACCUGGCGGAGUACACGGCCGACGUGGACGGCGUGGGCACGCUGCGUCUCCUGGACGCCAUCAAGACCUGCGGCCUGAUCCACUCGGUGCGGUUCUACCAGGCGUCCACGAGCGAGCUGUACGGGAAGGUGCAGGAGACGCCGCAGCGGGAGACCACGCCCUUCUACCCGAGGUCCCCCUACGGGGCUGCCAAGCUUUACGCCUACUGGAUCGUGGUGAACUUCCGGGAGGCCUACAACCUGUUCGCGGUGAACGGCAUCCUCUUCAACCACGAGAGUCCCCGGAGGGGAGCUAAUUUUGUGACUCGAAAAAUUAGCCGGUCUGUAGCGAAGAUUUACCUCGGACAACUGGAAUGUUUCAACCUGGGGAAUCUGGAUGCCAAGCGGGACUGGGGUCACGCCAAGGACUACGUGGAGGCCAUGUGGCUGAUGCUGCAGAACGACGAGCCCGAGGACUUCGUCAUCGCCACAGGCGAGGUCCACAGCGUCCGCGAGUUCGUGGAGAAGUCCUUCGCGCACGUCGGGAUGACCAUCGUGUGGGAAGGGAAGAACGAGAACGAAGUGGGCAGGUGUAAGGAGACCGGCAAAGUGCACGUGACCGUCGACCUCAAGUACUACCGGCCCACGGAAGUGCUCCCUCGCACGCGACCAGCUCCCCGGAAGUGGCUGCUGGCGUGGGCCCAGGACUUCCUCCAAGGAGACUGCACCAAAGCGAAACAGAAGCUGAACUGGAAGCCCCGGGUGGCCUUUGAUGAGCUGGUGAGGGAGAUGGUGGACGCUGACGUGGAGCUCAUGAGGAACAACCCGAACGCCUAAGCAAGCGGUCCCGGACGUCAGGGGGUGGCGUCUCCGUGGGCCCAGGCCGGGGUUCGCCGUGGCCGGGAAGCGCUGUCCGGCCCGCUCUGAACGGUUUUGUGAAAUCAACAAGAUGUCUUAAUCACAGGGUCACUUUCCUGGGACCCGUGUCCUUGGACAACCGGAAAAUUGUGGGGCUUUCAAAUUGGUUAUUUUUGAUUCUCCCCUUCUCUCUUUUCUUAUUAAAAAUCACCUUUCUAUGAAGCAGCA